AUGAUGAGCCUCCAAAACUUCGUCUUGCUACUCGUCGCGGGUCUGGCGUUGACUUCCGCCCACCCGGGAAGCGACGCCAAGGCUGAGGCGAACGAGAAGACGUCGGCGUCGGCGUCGAAGAAACAAGACAAGCGCGGCCUGCUGGACUUGGGCUACGGGGGACACGAUCUCCUCGGCCACGGCGGUCUUGAACUCGGAGGACACGGUUUCGACUUGGGAGGACACGGAUCGGACUUCGGAGGUCUGGGAGGUCACGGUUUCGGUUUAGGAGGGCACGGAUUGGGCCUGCACGACGAGGGACACGUCAAACACGUCACCAUCACCAAGGAAGUUAAAGUACCGGUACCGGCUCCGUACCCGGUGCACAUCGAAAGGAAGGUUCCCGUGCCCGUGCCUGUGAAAGUCCCGGUGCCAGUCGACCGCCCCUACCCGGUGCAUGUUCCUAAACCGUACCCUGUUCACGUAGAGAAGCCUGUACCGUACCCGGUCAUCAAGAAGGUGCCGUACCCGGUGAAAGUACCCUACAAGGUGGCGGUGCCGGUGCCUCAUCCCGUCCAUGUGCCGCAUCCUGUGCCUUACCCCGUCCACAAGCCAGUGCCAUAUCCAGUGAAAGUACCAGUUAUCGUGGAGAAGAAAGUACCUGUUCUUAUUCAUUCGCAUGACGACCAUCACGGAGGUUUUGGAGGUCUGGAUGGAGGUUAUGGAGGUCUGCAUGGUUUAGGAGGUGGGCUAGACCUGCACGAUCAUCAUCAUUUUUAAUAACCCGUUACUAAUUGAAUGACUGUUAAUACUUUCUCAUUUUAUCAGUAUUUUGUUGCACUGUUGUUUUGCUCUAUUUUUUUUUUCUUUUACCUUUAUAAGAUAAAUUUAUUUAUACACUUUUUCUAUCUGAAUAAAAGAAACAAGUUGUAAUUUUUUAUCGUUUUUUUUACCUAAUGUUUGAAAAAAAAGCAUUUUUCUGAAGAUGCGGGAGUAAAUAUA